AUGUUCGGCGGCGGCUCCAGUUCGGCUGCGUCCAAGGCGGAGAGGGACCCCAAAGAGGAUCGAAAGUCGCCUUCGCCCGAGUCUGACAAGGGCUCCGCGGCCGCCAUCAAGUCAUCCGAUCAGGCCGCCAGCGGCGACAAGCGGAGCGGAAACAGCAGUCCUCCUGGCCGCCAGCAGGACGGUGCCGUCGAUAAGAAGCGCCGGGCCAGCGGCGUCCAGGGAAAGGCCGCCGGCAUUCUGGCUCACGCCAAGAAUGCACUCAACAUCUCCCAAGUCAGCCGAACCAGCUCCGAUAUGAGCUCGCAGACCCCGCUGCAGAAGCUGGGCAAGCAGGACCCUGCCCUCGCAGUGCCCCAGGGCCAACACAACAACUCGGCCGGUGAUUCCGUUCCCGGCCCAAGGUCGACGUUCCGUGUCGGUGUCUGGGAGGACAGAAACAAGAAAUGCCGUCGCACCAUGGAGGAUACCCAUGCUUUCCUCUACAACUUUUUGCAUACUCCGGCUCCCGCCCUCGAGGGCAAGAAGGACGAUUCCGUGUCGGACGACAAGGAGACGCUCGCUCAGGACAUGAUCGAGACCGACAACGGCUACUUUGCCAUCUUUGACGGCCAUGCCGGCACAUUCGCUGCCGACUGGUGUGGAAAGAAGCUGCACAUCAUCCUGGAGGAUAUCAUCCGCAAGAACCCCAACGGCCCCAUUCCCGAACUCCUCGACCAGACAUUCACGUCAGUCGACGCGCAGUUAGAAAAACUCCCUCUUAAGAACAGCGGAUGUACCGCCGCCGUCGCCGUAUUACGUUGGGAGGAUCGGGUGCCCAGCGAUCGCUCCGCGACGGGUUCCCAGGCCAUUGCGCCGGCUACUGCCGCAGCCACCAAGGCGGCUAAAUUAACGUCGGAAGAGGCCACGGACGACAAGGCCACCUCCACAGGUGGCGGCGUUGAGGCCACGCACGCUAAGCUGAAGAGUUCGGCGAGCCGCCAGCGUGUUCUCUACACGGCCAACGUUGGAGACGCCCGCAUCAUUCUUUGCCGUUCCGGCAAAGCUCUUCGCCUUUCGUACGAUCACAAGGGCAGUGACGAGAACGAGGGAAAGCGGAUAGCGAACGCGGGUGGUUUGAUACUCAACAACCGCGUCAAUGGUGUCCUGGCUGUGACGCGAGCGCUCGGUGACACCUACAUGAAGGACUUGGUCACUGGGCAUCCUUACACAACCGAGACGGUCAUUCAACCCGAGAGCGACGAGUUCAUCAUCAUAGCCUGUGAUGGGCUCUGGGACGUUUGCUCCGAUCAAGACGCCGUUGACCUCGUUCGCAACGUUGAGGAUCCGGUUGAGGCCUCGAAACUCCUCGUUGACCACGCGUUGAAUCGGUUCAGCACGGAUAACCUGUCCUGCAUGAUUGUCCGGCUGGACAAGGAGGCGCUGCUAGAGAGUCAGAACGACAAGGAGAACGCCAUCGGAGUGGAGCGACCUCCGGCAAACCCGGCCAAGGUCAGCGAGGCGGAGAAGAUCAUUCGGGAGACGAAGCAGAAGAUCGCCGAAGGUGGCGCGCCGGCGGUCGGUGUUUCGGCCAGCAACAGCGGCCGCGGUCAUGACCCCGCAUCGAUUGACAACGGCGACUUUAAGCCAACAACGCUGGACGGCACCCUUGAGGAGGAGCCGGGACCGAUCGACGAUGGUGACUCGCCAGAGAUUGCGCCUGACGCGGCGCCUGCUAUCCUCCCCGCAACCGUAGAGCAAACCGACGCUGCUGCUGCGCCGAAGAAAAGUGCUUAG